AACCUCCCUGUCCCUUUCAUUGCAUCUCCGUAUCUAUCCCUUCCUUUCUGCAUCUUCUUCUGCCUCUGCACACAAUACACAAAAACACACCUUCACAGACACCAUAUAUCUCUCCCUCUCCCUUCCUUGAAUUGUGUGCAAGUUUCUACCACCACAAAAACAACCUCUUCCCUUUUCUUCCACUCUUCUUGCUUCUCCUACAAGAUCUUAUCCACCACACCCAAACCCAAUCCAAUCCAACAAAAAAAAAUUCUCUGAAUUUAUGGCUUUUCCAUAAUGAUUCCCCAUCUUCUAAUCUUUUUACAGCGUCACAGUGACUUUUGAGUAACCCAAACUAAGCACAUAACAAACACUAAAACAUAUACAGACAUAUAUACAUAUAAAUAGUGAUAAUGGAUUCGAAUUCGCUUCAAGGCUAUCAACUUGAACAACAACAAAGCAGUAGUUCUGGUUUGCUUCGUUAUCGCUCUGCACCGAGUUCGCUUCUCGCGAAUCUCACUCCAACUUUCACUGAAUCCCAAACCUUGCUCUCGAGAUUCGCCAAUAGUAAUAGCAGUAGCAGCAAGAACAAUAUUUCCAAAACCGAUACCGUUUCGCAUAGCUUCCAAGAAUUCCCAGAUACAAACACAAACACAAAACCAACCAAUAAGGGUUGUGAUUCGAAGGGUCUGAGGCGGAUGAAUUCUGGAGGGCACGGAUAUGGUGGUGGUGGAUUGCCACCUCACUACCCAAGGAACACUUCUUCUUCUUCUUGUUCAUCUUCAAUGGAUGGGUUUUUAGGGUUGGUUAUGGGUUCAAUGGGAAUGGACCAAAAAGGGUUUGGCGUUUCUUCUUCUUUAAAUCUUCUCAGGCAGAAUAGUUCCCCUGCUGACCUUUUCUCCAACGUUUCAUUUCAAAAUGGAUUUGCUACCAUGAAAGGUGUCGGGAACUAUGGUCAUGUUAACAGCACCAGCGAAGAACUUAGUCCAUCGAUGAACAGAUUGAAGAAUCAGAUUAGCUUCUCAUCAAGAACUGCUUCUUCCUUGGGAAUGUUGUCGCAGAUCUCCGAAAUAGGGAGCGAGGAAAUUGGGGCAAAUAGCCCUGACGAUGGGAGGCAGGGUGGUAGCAAUGGUGAUGCCUUGCAUUACAGCCCCGGAUUCUCCUAUGGUUCUUGGAAUGAUGCACCACAACAGUCUGAAAACCUCACUGGCUUGAAAAGAGGGCGAAGUAGCAAUGGAAAGUUGUUUCCUGAUGUUCAGAAUGGAGAGCUAGGAAAUCAAGUUCAUAUGCUAUCACAUCACUUGAGUUUGCCGAAAACUUCAUCAGAGAUGAUUGGUAUGGAGAAUCUGCUUCAGUUCCCAGAUUCUGUUCCUUGUAAAAUCAGAGCGAAGCGAGGCUGCGCUACUCAUCCCCGAAGCAUAGCUGAAAGGGUACGAAGAACACGGAUCAGUGAACGAAUGAGGAAAUUGCAAGAGCUGGUCCCAAACAUGGACAAGCAAACCAACACAGCAGACAUGUUGGACUUGGCGGUUGACUACAUUAAAGAUCUUCAGAAACAAUUCAAGAAUCUAAGUGAAAAGAGGGCAAACUGCAAAUGUAUAAGCAUGCGGAGAGCAGAUACAAAUCAAAUUGUUUAAACCUUCUCUACAAGUAGCACAGAAAAACUAUGCUAAGAUAUGGUUAGGAUCGAGAACUAUACAUCAUCUUCAUCCUGAGAAAUAAUUAGAAAAUAGAAGCUAAUAUAAGAUUUGUUGUUGCUUUUUAAUGAUUGUAACAUAGAAUGCUAGCUAGCAUAAUAGCUUUUAGCUCAAAGGUUAUUUCUUUAAGCUAACGAGGUUUUCGUUAUACAGUCAACAAAAAUCAUAAUAGUACAAAUCUGUAUUUUUGUAUAGGAGAAU